GGUAUCUCAUCUGCUCAACCGUGUCACGGACCUCCUUGCAACUUUGCAGCAGCAGGAGGACAUCCACUCCCUCGACCACACCAACAAGGUGUUACAGCAGUCGGUGGACCAGAUGCUCAAGCGCAUACAGCAGCUGGAGCAGCAGGUCGCCACCGACAACACCAGCGUCGGCCCCUCCGAUCUCGUCGACCGCGUCAAUGUCUUGGAGAUAGACGUGGGAACACUUAAGACUGGGGCACAGCAGCUGCAACAACAGGUCUCUGCAGCGGCCGACCCUAGCGCAACGACACACGAAACUAUUGCCAAGUUCGAUGGGCUCCCGAUCUUCUGUGACGCAUCGAAGACCGACCCCAUCCAAUGGUGGCGCCAGUUUGAACUCAAGCUGGACAUCCACCACGUCAUCGACGCGAACCGGCAGGCAUACUUGUACUCCCGCUCGGGAGGAGCGUGUCAGGCAUGGUUGGACAACAUGCUGUCCGCACAUCCAUGUACAGUCACCGAGUUGCACAAAUACAUCACCUGGGCAGAUCUCACGGCGACAUGGAAGAAGCGUUUCCAAGUAGAACCGCCCGAGCACCAGGCGAUGGACAAGCUGCUGACGUUUUUGCAGAACAGCAUGCCAAGCGGAGACUGGAUAUCUGAGUUCCAACGGCUGGCAAGCACACCCAAGUUGCCGAUGAACUUCGACGGCAUCAAGCUUUACUUCAUCAAGAGGUCAUGCCCAGCGUUGCAGAAUGCGUUAACUCAAGUUGCCGAGAACCUCAACACAAGUGAGGAACUCUUCAACAAAGCCGCGCAGAUCAUCGUGACGAAUUUGGCAGCCCGGAAUACGGGCCACUCGUCGACUGCCGACCAGGGCGCGCAUCAGCAUCGGCCGAAAGUGGCCGUGGUCGCAGCAGCAACGCCUAGCGACCCUUCAAUUCUAAACGAGGCUGUUUCGUCUGACAAGGGAGACAGACUUGCAGCUGCCCAGAAUGGUGGCCGCCCCGGCAAAGGCCGAGGACGCGGCAAGACGAAGACGAACACCACUACUUCUUCUGGGCCCGGGCAAGCAGCUCAAGAGCAAGGACCUUGGACAGCGUACGGGCUUACAGAGCGCGGGUACCGCGUCCGCACCAAGUACCACUAUUGCUUGUGGUGCAACAACUCAGCACAUGAGACAGCGAGCUGUCCCACGAAGGCCAAGGCCGACUCUCAACCCACGGACUUGUCUUCAGACCCCCGGGUGGUGCGGUUGCUCGACGAAUUCGUCGACGUCUUCGAGUCACCUACCGGCGUGGUGCCGGAUCGACCGAUCUCACACGAGAUCAUUCUCGAGGCCGGUGUCGUGCCACCAAAAGGUUGCAUUUAUCGCAUGAGCGAGGAGGAACUUAUAGUACUCCGCGCCCAGCUCGACGACUUGUUGGACAAAGGCUGGAUCCGGUCUAGCAACUCACCCUAUGGUGCGCCGGUUCUCUUCGUUCGGAAGAAGAACAAGGACCUUCACCUAUGCAUCGAUUACCGCAAGCUCAAUGCGCAAACCGUCAAGAACGCGGGACCUCUUCCUCGUAUUGACGACCUUCUGGAGCGCUUGGGCGGCACAAUUUUUUUUUCCAAACUGGACUUGAAGUCAGGAUAUCAUCAGAUCUCGAUUCGGCUGCAAGAUCGCUACAAGACCGCGUUCAAGACACGGUACGGGCACUUCGAGUGGGUCGCCAUGCCUUUUGGACUCACCAACGCCCCGGCGACUUUUCAAACGGCGAUGACCAACGAGUUCCAUGCAAUGCUGAACCAGUUCGUGCUGGUCUACUUGGACGACAUCCUCGUCUAUAGCCGGACCUUGGAGGAACAUCUUGACCAUCUUCGACGAGUGUUGGAGACACUCCGGCGCGCCAAGUUCAAAGCCAACCGCGACAAGUGCGAAUUCGUACGCCAAGAGUUGGAAUACUUGGGCCACUUCGCUACUCCACAAGGCAUCAGUCCGUUGUCGGACAAGAUUCAAGCCGUCCAAGAUUGGCCGGAGCCGCGGAACGUCACGGAUGUCCGAUCAUUCCUUGGCCUUGCCGGCUACUACCAACGUUUCAUCAAAGGGUACUCGAAGAUCGCGGCUCACUUAACCAAGCUUCAAUGCGAGGACCGACCGUUUGACUUCGGGACAGACGCGCAUGAAUCAUUUUUGGCCCUCAAGGCCGCAUUACUCUCCGCGGAGGUAUUGCGGAUAUACAACCCGCUAUUGCCAACACGUGUCACCACGGACGCGUCCGGCUAUGGCAUUGGUGCUGUCCUCGAACAACAUGACAGCGUGGACUGGCACCCGGUCGAAUACUUCAGCAAGAAAGUGUCGGUCGUGCACUCAAUCGAUGAUGCACGCAAGAAGGAACUUCUCGCCUUCGUCCACGCACUCAAGCGGUGGCGGCACUUCCUCCUUGGUCGACGCCAAUUCCGAURGRUAACGGACAACAAUCCGUUGGYCUUCUACAAGUCUCAGGACACCGUCAACAGCACCAUCGCCCGUUGGAUGGCCUUCAUCGACCAAUUCGACUUCUUUCCCGAUCACAUUCCAGGGAAGUCAAACCGUUUUGUGGAUGCUCUUUUACGGCGUCCGGACCACUGCACCGCGGUCUACUCAACCUUCGAGAUCGAGGAUGACUUGCGGGACAGCUUCAUCCGCAGCUAUUAAGCCGACCACGAAUUUCGCGA